AUUUUAAUUUUUUUUAUUUUUAAAAAAAUAUAUAUAUAAUUAUAUCUUUUAUUGAUGUAUCCAGCCUCUCUUCCUCGUCGCCACUCUCAGUCCUUUGCGGUUACGACUUCCAUGGCUGGUACGCUCACUCACCCUCAUCAACGUACUCGGUCUCACUCAACCUCUCUGCCUUGUCGUCCCGUCCUCGCCUCUCACCUAAUAGCCAGUGUCAACUCGAAGAUUAAGGAGAUUGAGGAUGCGGAUACUACAGGAUUCCUUCGCUAUAUGGACGACCAGGUCACUGAGACCUGGGAUACAGCAAAGGCAGCUCUAGUUGGAGCACAUCGAUUACUUCAAUUUCAUGAAUUACCUGCAGAGUGGCAGGAGAACGAAUAUGUUCAUUCAGGGUAUCGAUUCUAUCAAAGUAGUAGAGCUUGCUUGAGGUCAAUUUUUAUGAUCCAUAAUGAAACGAUGAAUAUCUGGAGUCAUUUAUUAGGCUUUAUCUUCUUUGCAUGCCUAAGUGUCUAUGGUUUCCAUAGCCAUUUCCCGGGUGCUUCAUUUAAUGACCGGACAAUCUUUAUGACAUUUUGUCUGUCUGCCCUGAAAUGCCUUUUUUGCUCUUCGAUCUAUCACACUUUUAUUUGCCACUCUCGUCACACAGUCAAAUCAUUCACAGCCACACUCGACUACAUGGGGAUUGCCUUUUUGAUCACGGCUUCGGUCCUGGUAACCGAAUAUUAUGGUUUCUAUUGCAAGCCGUCCAUCCAAGCACGCUACAUGGUUUUUACGAGCAUUGUUGGUUCUAUUGGUAUCUUUACUCCAUUCCUCAAAUGCUGGGAUACCCGAGAGUACCGUCCGUUGCGCAUUGCCGUCUUUCUGUCCAUGGCUAUCUCGAGCAGUGUGCCGGUGUUUCAUCUCUUUUUGAUGAACGGCUUUGGCCCAACAUGGUCAUUCCUUAAGCUGGCUGCAGUUAGUGUGGCCAUGUAUGUAUUUGGAGUCUGUAUCUAUGUCAACCGUUUUCCAGAAAAAAUGUACCCUGGUCGAUUUGAUUUUGCGGGUAUGACAAGCCAUGCUAUUUGGCACAUCUUUGUUUGCCUUGGUAUCUUUUUCCAUUACCUAGCCUCGCUUAAUUUCUAUGCCAACCGAUACACCUAUGGAUGCCUACUCAAGGGCGCCUAAUUUAUUUUAUAUUCAUCUCAUUUCUCACUAUCGCUCUAUCUAUCUAUCUAUCUAUCUAUCAACCAAUCAAUCAAUCAAUUUUUUCUUUAUUUCUUAUCGCAUUGCAUCACAUCCCCCUUACAAACAAACAGAUAAAUUCUUUAUUUUUCUUUAUAUAUAUAUAUAUAUUUAUAUUUAUAUAAAUCUUUGACCUUCACUUCACUACCCUCCUACCUCUUUAUCCUCAUCACCCUCUUUUAUAUUAUAUUAUAUUAUAUUAUACAUAUAUAUAUGUAUAUAUCUUGCAC